AUGCUACCUGAAUUCUUGCACAGUAGUUACGCCCGCUACAAAGCAGAUACCAAUACAUUUGCCACAUGGCUACUGGAGACAGCUAGUCAGUGUGGCUAUCAACCACCGACCCUCUCUGGCACCGUUCCUACCGCGAAAAAGGGUAGACGCAAAGGCAAAAACGAUGACUCAAAUGCAGCUCCACUUCACUAUAGUGCGACUACCAAGGAUCUUCAAAAGCUCGCCGAGGUGGUUGCUGGUUCUGCUCUCACAGUACCUAAGUCAAUUCUCACUAUCGCGAAACGCGCCAUCAAAUUGAGAAAAGCGGUCACUUGCUGGUUCUUGGGCCAGGGUGACUCCACGAACAACGAGCGUCAUGCUCAUUUCAUCACUGCGCUGGAGCAGAUCUGUGAGACUCUUGAAUGGAAGACCAACCAGCCCUCGAAGCCAGACUCUAAGCAGCCACCACCGACUUCUAAGCCUCAAAGUGACGACACCGAUGCUGACAGGUUUCUAAACAAAUUUGCUGUUCUCACCGUGGAGGAACCUCAGAAUACUGCGCAAACUCAACCGACGCCUACAGAAUCGAAGAAGGUCGUCAAGGUGACUGUUGUUGAGGAGGACGACAAUGAGGAAGCAGACUCAUUUUUUGACCUGAAAAAUAUGCGAUCAUUCAUUUCCAUCACCUGGUCGGAGUAUCGAGAUAAGAAAAUCGACCUUAUGAACGCCGCUGUCGUGACUGACAGUGCUUUGCAACUUGCCCGAGAUCUUGUGAGAGAGGUGGAAGCUGACUGGCGCACUUCCCUUACGGGGAAAAGGGAUGAUGUCCAGAAUAUUGUCUACAAUCUCGCUGUUUUUACGCGCGGCAUUUCUGUGACUCCAUCCACUGAGAUUGGCCUGCCAUACAACAAGAACAUGGCUGAUAUAGCCGAAUGGUGCUAUGUGCCAACUAAAGUCCUGCUUGAGUCCUUCGCAGACGUUCUCCAGGCCAAUCAUCAGCCAGUCUUUAAAAAAGGCUACUUCGGCACCUAUAAUCCGAAAGCGCACAGAGAGCUGAUGUCUCUGGGUGAGAAAUUCAACGAAGACAAAAUUAUCCUUCUUUCGAUUUUGCCAGAGUUUUGCUUGAUCGAUACCUUCAAAAUCCAAAUGCCUACUGAGGACGCGAUCACUCGAGGGCUUUCUGAGUUUGCCAAGACGAAGAGGGUUACUCUAUGGCUUUGUUUCGCCUCCCAGAUCUUCCUCGACGUUCAUCAUAUCAUGCGGCACAGUACCUUGGGUGCAUUUGGAGACCUCCGAAUGGCUGGACUUCGCAUCCAGAAGACUAUCGACGACUACCUGCAACUGUCGAAAACACACCCUCAGCCUAAAUUUUGGCCAAAAGAGGGUGACGAGGAGAUUCGAAAUAUAAGUUCAACUGUCAAGUCAUGGAUCAUACAAGAUCUGUUUCUUGAUAUUCGAGUCCUGUCUGAACUCGACAGAAUUGGCUCCCCGCCCGAAAAACAUGCACUCUUCUCGCAGCACGCUAUCCUCUGCGGCUUAAUACUGUUCAACCUCAAUAUUCGAAUGCAGUUUGUUGGCCAGCAGCUCGUUACCCAAUGGUACGACGUCCAACAACUGGCCUUCUUGCACAACCUUAUCAUAAAUUCUCCAAAGCAUAAUGACCUGAGAUGGCCUGAUAUGGAUGCUUUCAUCAAGAUCCAUGGCGAAUCUCAUAUUUUCGUUGGUUCUCGGCCAAAGAACGCCAACGAAUCGCUGAACAGGCUUGAGUUGGCCACAGGGAUCUCAUCCGCUGUCAAUUUUGCCCGCGAUUCCAAGAGUAAAAGAUUCCAUAGCCCUGAUGGCAAGAAUCCCCGAUUGCUCAAGCCCGCCGCUGCAGUCGCGAACUUGUUUUUCAGCCAGUACGUUGGUGGUCCUGAAAAAGAUGCUGGGAUUGUAAACUUUGACAAAAUCCUGGACGAACUUUCCCAGAAAUCAAAGCUUGAAUCAUCCAGCAAGGAGCUUCAGCGAGCCAAUCCGGAACACAUCAUUACCCGAAAGUGGUCUAAUACCCACAACAUUGGCACACUGCAGCUUCUUGCAUUCUUGAAGACCAAGCUAUUCGAAGAGGAGCCUAUCAUCUUAUACAACUAUUUCGGCAUGCACAAACGCUCCAUCGAGUUACUCAGACUGAUCCGAGACAAGGAGCACCAGAAAUUUGUUCAAUAUUUCACGUCGGCGUACAUGCCUGAUGAGUCCUUCAUAUCAAACAUCGUCAUUCUCAUUCAUCAUGUUGCGCAAGGCUCGGCCCAAAAUGCACGCGCAAUGGGACUUGCAUCUGGCGGAGUUGAGGUGGUGAGUCGGAUUGUCACGAGCGCUGGCGAUGUGAUGCGAGAAUACUUAGAGAAGAAUGGAAAUGUAGCAUGCAAGGAGUUGAGAGUGUUCUGCAAGAACAAAAAGCCAAUUCAAGAUGAUGUUGCUUAUGAUAAGGGCGAAUCGGACGAGUUGGUAUAUUCUUGGCUCAGUCUUGAGGAUGUUCUGGGCCCCAAGGGUAUGGCCUCGCUCAUGACUGGGAUCCCGAUAGCGUAGGCUUAUGGACCUGAUGCUGCCUUGAUGAUGCCAACAACCACCUGCACGUGCGAAAACUCUGCUUCAUUUUCUACUAGUGAUGGUCCAUAAAAUUAUCUUAUGGCAACUCAGAAUUUCCAUGUUCGAAUUCAAACUAUCGUGCCCCGAUUUCGACCAAAUUGUCACUUGAAUCUUCUGAUAUGCGCCCAUCUUAUUGUGAUUAUGAGUGGGUGACAGGUCACUGCGGAACCUGAAAGCUAGAAUCUUUAGUAGUCCUCGCCUCAUUCAAUUCCGGCCGCUUGAAUUGUUGCAAUG